AUGAGUAAAAUUCGAACCCUCAAUAGACAAUUCAUAUCAAAUUUGGAGACCCACAAGGCUGUGACCGAUGCUAAGAGGAAUCUCAUACUAUCAAUCCUCAAGUCAACGACGACAAAGAGAGAAGCAAAAAAUUAUUUAACAAAAUACCAAAACCAAUUUGAUCUCCCGGAUGAAACUCCCAAGGCGGGAACAAUUUAUGAACAGUCGUUGAGUCGAAGAGAUAAUCAGAGGGAACUUUUCAUAAAACGAUUUUUAAACGCCCAAAACCCGUUUAUUAGCAUAUAUGAUGACGAGGAGACUAAAUUACAAAAAAUACCUUUGCGUUUGGCAAUCUUCAAGAUCAAGUUCCCUACAAUAUCACUUCGACAAUGGAAAGGUAUUGCUGAAACUUUCAAAAGAUUAAUGACAUUGGGCAUAUCUCCAAUCAUUUUGUUGGACUAUGACCACUUAUCUCAUGGAUCUUUUAAAAAAAAUGAGCUAUAUAUGAUAAAUCAAGCUAAUAAGAUGCUUUCCAUCUUGGGUAAACCAGAAGAGCAAGAAGAUCUAAAGGCCACAAUUUUGCGAAACUCUUUCAGUGUUGCGGAUGGUCAGAUCACGAUUGAUAGUUUGGAGCUGAUAUUAAUACCAUUGUAUCAAGGGAUCAUACCAAUCAUUCAGCCGAUUGUUUUCAACGCAGACACAACGAUGCAAGAGUUUCUCAAAUGCAAUACGCUAUUGAACUCAUUGUGCACGGCACUUGUAGAUAGAAGAACGACCGACUUAUUAUCAAUUGAGAAGAUUGUGAUGAUCGAUCCAUUGGGGGGCAUACCUUCUAUUGAACGGAAACAAACAAGCCACGUGUUUAUCAAUUUGUCACAAGAGUACUCGGAUAUUAUGUCAGAGCUAUUCAUUGGCCAUAUAAGCCCUAAAAUCAGAGACUUGCAUGUUGAAAAUUUGAACAGUAUGAAUGAAAUCUUAACCUCGAUUUUUGAAAAAUCCGGGAACGACGAAACAACAGGUAUCAUUACAACCCCCGAAGUAAUGUCGAUACAUAAUGAUCAGUUGAACCCUAUUAUAUACAACGUUCUAACGGAUCGAUCAAUAAUAUCUUCAUCCUUGCCCAGUACAAAUAAACGCACGCCGCAACUAUCCACCACUAUUGUUAAGAAAGGUGUUGAUGUUCAGAUCUUUGAUCAAGAGAAUAAUUUUAGUGGCUCAGACUUUACCAUGGACAAUCUCAUAGCGUCAAAAAAAGUUGAUAAGAAGAAACUAACAGAAUUACUCGAAGAUUCUUUUGGUAAAAAGUUGAUUGUUGAUGAAUACUAUGAACGAAUAAACAAUAGACUUGCAACGUUUAUACUAGUUGGCGAUUACGAUGGAGCUGCAAUAAUUACAUGGGAAUACAGCGGAGACAAAAAGGUUGCGUAUUUGGACAAGUUUGCCAUAGCCAAAAGGAACCAAGGCUUACCAGGUUUGGCUGAUAUAAUUUUCAAAAUCAUCUUACAGUCACACCCUGUUGAACUAAUAUGGAGAUCAAGGAAGAAUAACCCCGUGAAUAAAUGGUAUUUUGAACGAUGUUGUGGAUGCAUGAGUGCUCCUGAAUCCCAGUGGAAGAUAUUUUACACUGGCGAUAUCUUUGAUAAAAGGAUUGAUAGAAUGAAGGACAAGAAGAAACAGAAUAAUAAGAAGAAGAAGACGGCGACGAUGAUGAUGAUGAACAAUAGUCAAAAAGUUGCCGGUGUUAAUGCAGAUACCCAUGUGGAUAUUUUAAAGAAUUUGGAGCAGUAUUCUGAUAUAUGUGAGGGGAUAGUGCCCUCAUUCGCAUAG